ACACAUUCCUCCGCGCCGGAAGAGUGCGCCCCUCCUGAGCCCUGACUGCUUUCUCCCCGCCGGUAUCUUUCCUGAGGUGAGCUCGUGCGACCUCAGGGGUGUGCCGCUGAAAGUCGUCGGACAGCGCGGAAUUUCCGCAGACAAGGAACCACACCGGAUUGCCGGCAAAGGGAGGAAGAAGAAGGGCGAAACGACGAGGCGUCGCGUUGCUGCGGAGGGAUUCUGUUUCUGUGGUGGCGGAGGGAUUUGACAGUACAUUAACUUCCGGAAAAGUCCUGACCCAGAGAGGAAAAACCCCGAAGGAAACAAUAACAAACGAGAAGAGGAAGCGACUGUGGGGUUCCUGUGUUGAGCGGUUCUUGCCCGAGAAGAUGAGCUUCGGCCCCUGUCAGGAGACGUGAGAGAGUUCGGUGGGCUUCACUGAGCCUUUCUCCACCUGUUCCCCCACGGGGACCCCCCCCCCCCGGUAUUGCCAUGGCAGGCGUGGGGCCGGGGGGCUACGCGGCGGAGUUCGUGCCCCCACCGGAGUGCCCAGUCUUUGAGCCCAGCUGGGAGGAGUUCACAGACCCGCUCAGCUUUAUCGGCCGCAUCCGGCCUCUGGCGGAGAAAACCGGCAUCUGCAAAAUCCGACCGCCCAAGGAUUGGCAACCUCCAUUUGCAUGUGAAGUAAAAAGCUUUCGUUUCACUCCCAGAGUCCAGCGCCUGAAUGAACUUGAGGCAAUGACCAGAGUGAGACUGGACUUCUUGGAUCAAUUAGCAAAAUUUUGGGAGCUCCAAGGAUCUACCUUGAAGAUUCCAGUGGUGGAGAGAAAAAUCCUGGAUCUGUAUGCUUUGAGCAAGAUUGUUGCCAGCAAAGGAGGUUUUGAAAUGGUCACCAAGGAGAAGAAAUGGUCUAAAGUGGGUAGUCGCUUGGGAUAUCUGCCAGGAAAAGGAACUGGGUCUCUUUUGAAGUCACACUAUGAAAGAAUUCUCUACCCAUAUGAGCUUUUCCAAUCUGGUGUCAGCCUUAUGGGUGUACAAAUGCCUAAUUUAGAUCUAAAGGAAAAAGUAGAGCCUGAGGUUCUUGGCACUGAUGUCCAAACUUCCCCAGAGCCAGGCACAAGAGUGAACAUUCUGCCGAAAAGAACAAGACGUGUCAAGUCUCAGUCAGAAUCUGGAGAGGUGAAUAGAAACACGGAACUGAAGAAACUUCGAAUUUUUGGGGCUGGCCCUAAGGUUGUGGGCCUAGCAAUGGGAGCAAAAGAUAAAGAAGAUGAGGUCUCCCGAAGACGAAAAGUUACCAACAGGUCAGACGCAUUUAACAUGCAAAUGAGACAACGGAAAGGAACUCUCUCUGUUAACUUUGUUGAUCUCUAUGUUUGUAUGUUUUGUGGUCGGGGAAAUAAUGAAGAUAAAUUGCUUUUGUGUGAUGGAUGUGAUGACAGCUAUCAUACAUUUUGUUUAAUUCCCCCACUACCUGAUGUGCCCAAAGGAGACUGGAGGUGUCCUAAAUGUGUUGCUGAGGAAUGCAAUAAACCUCGAGAGGCCUUUGGAUUUGAACAAGCUGUACGAGAGUAUACACUUCAGAGCUUUGGAGAGAUGGCAGAUAAUUUUAAGUCUGAUUAUUUCAAUAUGCCAGUUCAUAUGGUUCCUACAGAGCUAGUAGAAAAGGAAUUCUGGCGGCUGGUGAGCAGCAUUGAAGAAGAUGUUAUUGUAGAGUAUGGAGCUGAUAUCUCCUCAAAAGACUUUGGAAGUGGAUUUCCUGUGAAGGAUGGUCGGAGAAAGAUGCUGCCAGAAGAAGAGGAGUAUGCACUUUCUGGUUGGAAUUUGAAUAAUAUGCCUGUCCUAGAGCAGUCUGUUCUUGCACACAUUAAUGUAGACAUCUCUGGUAUGAAAGUGCCAUGGCUCUAUGUGGGAAUGUGUUUUUCUUCUUUCUGCUGGCACAUUGAAGAUCACUGGAGUUAUUCCAUCAACUAUUUACACUGGGGGGAACCAAAGACCUGGUAUGGUGUGCCAUCUCAUGCUGCAGAACAACUGGAGGAGGUGAUGAGGGAGCUGGCCCCUGAGUUAUUUGAAUCCCAGCCUGAUCUCCUGCAUCAGUUAGUCACCAUCAUGAAUCCCAAUGUACUGAUGGAGCAUGGUGUGCCUGUGUACAGGACCAAUCAGUGUGCUGGAGAGUUUGUUGUGACGUUUCCUCGUGCCUAUCAUUCUGGAUUUAACCAGGGCUACAACUUUGCUGAAGCUGUGAACUUCUGUACUGCUGACUGGUUACCCAUUGGACGUCAGUGUGUCAAUCAUUACAGACGGUUAAGGCGCCAUUGUGUCUUUUCACAUGAAGAACUCAUUUUCAAGAUGGCAGCAGAUCCAGAAUGCUUAGACGUGGGCCUGGCUGCCAUGGUGUGCAAAGAAUUGACUCUCAUGACUGAAGAAGAGACAAGAUUAAGGGAGUCUGUUGUACAAAUGGGUGUCCUGAUGUCGGAAGAAGAGGUGUUUGAACUUGUUCCUGAUGAUGAGCGACAGUGUUCAGCGUGCAGAACCACAUGUUUUCUCUCUGCUCUGACAUGCUCCUGUAAUCCUGAGCGGCUUGUGUGUCUCUACCAUCCAGCUGAUCUGUGCCCCUGCCCCAUGCAGAAGAAGUGUCUUAGAUACCGCUAUCCAUUAGAGGACCUCCCUUCUCUGCUAUACGGUGUGAAAGUCAGGGCACAAUCUUAUGACACUUGGGUCAGCCGUGUUACAGAAGCAUUAUCUGCCAACUUCAACCACAAGAAAGAUUUGAUUGAAUUACGAGUAAUGCUGGAAGAUGCUGAGGAUAGGAAAUACCCAGAGAAUGAUCUCUUUAGAAAGCUCAGGGAUGCUGUAAAAGAAGCGGAGACCUGUGCCUCUGUGGCUCAGCUGCUUCUCAGCAAAAAGCAGAAGCACAGGCAGAGCCCAGAUAGUGGGAGGACUCGGACCAAACUGACAGUGGAAGAAUUGAAGGCCUUUGUCCAACAACUUUUUAGUCUUCCAUGUGUCAUCAGCCAAGCUCGACAAGUAAAGAAUCUCCUGGAUGAUGUGGAAGAGUUUCAUGAACGUGCUCAAGAGGCCAUGAUGGAUGAAACCCCAGAUUCUUCCAAACUCCAAAUGUUGAUAGACAUGGGUUCUAGUCUCUAUGUGGAGCUACCUGAAUUAGCCCGACUAAAGCAAGAGCUACAGCAGGCUCGAUGGUUGGAUGAAGUAAGACUGACCCUGUCAGAUCCACAGCAGGUCACUUUGGAUGUCAUGAAGAAACUGAUAGACUCUGGGGUGGGGUUGGCACCCCACCAUGCUGUGGAGAAGGCAAUGGCUGAACUACAGGAGCUCCUUACAGUCUCUGAGCGGUGGGAAGAAAAGGCUAAGGUCUGCCUGCAGGCAAGACCAAGGCACAGUGUGGCAAGUUUAGAAAGCAUAGUGAAUGAAGCCAAGAACAUUCCAGCCUUUCUACCCAAUGUGUUGUCCCUGAAAGAGGCCUUACAAAAGGCUCGAGAAUGGACAGUGAAAGUAGAAGCUAUUCAGAGUGGCAGCAACUAUGCUUACUUGGAGCAGUUGGAGAGCUUGUCUGCUAAAGGGCGCCCUAUCCCUGUGCGUCUGGACGCAUUGCCCCAAGUAGAGUCACAAGUAGCAGCUGCACGGGCAUGGAGAGAACGGACGGGGCGGACCUUUCUUAAGAAGAAUUCUAGCCAUACGUUGUUGCAGGUGCUGAGUCCCCGGACUGACAUUGGUAUAUAUGGGAGUGGUAAAAACAGAAGGAAAAAAGUAAAAGAACUGAUAGAAAAAGAAAAAGAAAAGGAUCUGGACCUUGAGCCUCUGAGUGAUCUUGAGGAAGGAUUGGAGGAAACCAGAGAUACAGCCAUGGUGGUGGCGGUUUUCAAAGAACGGGAGCAAAAAGAGAUCGAAGCCAUGCAUUCCCUCAGAGCAGCCAACCUAGCCAAGAUGACAAUGGUGGACCGCAUAGAAGAAGUAAAAUUUUGUAUUUGUCGCAAGACAGCCAGUGGGUUUAUGCUACAGUGUGAGCUCUGCAAAGACUGGUUCCAUAACAGCUGUGUUCCCCUUCCUAAAUCAGGUUCCCAAAAAAAAGGAUCUAGCUGGCAGGCUAAAGAAGUAAAAUUCCUUUGCCCUCUUUGUAUGCGGUCUCGAAGGCCAAGGCUAGAGACUAUUCUAUCACUCCUGGUAUCCCUUCAGAAGUUACCUGUACGUUUGCCAGAAGGAGAGGCCCUGCAGUGUUUGACAGAACGUGCUAUGAGUUGGCAAGAUAGAGCACGGCAGGCUCUAGCCACAGAUGAACUGUCCUCUGCCCUAGCCAAACUGUCCGUGUUGAGCCAGCGUAUGGUGGAACAGGCAGCUCGAGAAAAAACUGAAAAGAUCAUCAGUGCAGAACUCCAGAAAGCAGCUGCCAAUCCAGACUUACAGGGACACCUACCUAGUUUCCAGCAGUCUGCUUUUAACCGGGUGGUGAGCAGUGUAUCUUCUUCUCCUCGACAAACAAUGGACUAUGAUGAUGAAGAAACAGAUUCUGAUGAAGACAUUCGGGAGACCUAUGGCUAUGACAUGAAGGACACAGCCAGUGUGAAGUCCUCCAGUAGUCUAGAACCCAAUCUUUUUUGUGAUGAAGAAAUUCCCAUUAAGUCUGAAGAGGUGGUCACUCACAUGUGGACAGCACCUUCGUUCUGUGCAGAACAUGCUUAUUCUUCUGCUUCUAAGAGUUGUUCUCAAGGUUCUAGUACCCCCAGGAAACAACCUCGGAAAAGCCCUUUGGUGCCCCGGAGUUUGGAACCUCCAGUGUUAGAGUUGUCACCCGGCGCUAAAGCCCAGCUGGAAGAACUUAUGAUGGUUGGGGAUCUCCUAGAAGUAUCUCUGGAUGAGACUCAACACAUUUGGCGGAUUUUGCAGGCCACACACCCACCCUCUGAAGACAGAUUCCUGCAUAUCAUGGAGGAUGACAGCAUGGAAGAGAAGCCAUUAAAAAUAAAAGGAAAAGACUCUUCAGAGAAGAAACGGAAACGGAAGCUAGAAAAAGUAGAACAGCUUUUUGGAGAAGGAAAACAGAAGUCCAAGGAGUUAAAGAAAAUGGAUAAACCUAAAAAGAAGAAAUUAAAACUAAGUGCAGAAAAAUCAAAGGAGCUGAAUAAACUGGCCAAGAAACUGGCAAAAGAGGAAGAGAGAAAGAAGAAGAAGGAGAAGGCUGCUGCAGCCAAAGUUGACCUUGUGAAAGAGACAACUGAGAAGAAGAGAGAGAAAAAAGUGCUGGACAUCCCCUCAAAGUACGACUGGUCAGGAGCGGAAGAGUCCGAUGACGAAAAUGCUGUGUGUGCAGCACAGAACUGCCAGAGGCCCUGCAAGGACAAGGUAGACUGGGUACAAUGUGAUGGUGGCUGUGAUGAGUGGUUUCAUCAAGUUUGUGUGGGUGUAUCUCCAGAAAUGGCUGAAAAUGAAGAUUACAUCUGUAUAAACUGUGCAAAGAAGCAAGGGCCAGAUAGCCCAGGUCAAGCACCACCUCCUUCCUUCAUAAUGAGCUACAAACUACCAAUGGAGGAUCUUAAGGAGACCAGUUAGCAGUUGCUGGGUUAGUUUGGGACAUGGGGGGAAAUGGACCACAUUGAGACCUUAGUCAUCAAGUAGAGUGGUUUAGAUCCACUCAGAAUGUUGCUUCCAAAGAUAAAUGGCCUUCAGAGAAAGUCCUCUUAGCGGACUUCCUCUUUGCAUGGACUGUGUGACCUACAUUCUCUUCAACACAUCUAUGCAGAGGGUGUCUUUGGUACAGCAGCCAGUAUUUCAGUUUAUGUCUCCUCUGAGUACAGUAUGUUACUUUACAGCCAGACAUUUGAUUGAGCUCUAGAGUGGCUGGUUGGCAUUAAUACAUUGGUAUGUUAGCAGGGCAUGUAGGAUGUGGCUUAUGGCCAGUUGAUACUAGUUAGAGGUUUACAACCUAGAGGCAGUACUGUCUGGAGGUGCUGACUACUUGGCUCUCCUUAGGACAGUUGGACAGGAGUGAGAGUACCACUCUCCUUCCACUGUUACCUGGCAUGUAAUGCCCUACGGAUAUAGCCAUGGGAGCAACAGGGCCAAAGUUACUCCUGUUAGUAGUCAUGGGAUAGUAGCACAGUCUAGACCCCAGCUACUUGUGUGUGUUUGUACCAAGAAGAAAACCCCAAAUGAGAGGCAGAUCACCUUAUCUUCCUAAGGAGGAGUAUGUCAUCUAGUUCAGAAGUCUGACUAGAUUGGAUUCUGGGAAGAAGAGCUUUUCUUAUUUCAAGGCAAGGAGCCUUUUUUUUUUUUGGCUUUGAGAAGUCUUGCUGUCUUGGGUCUGCAUUUUAGAGACGAGCAGGUACAUGGAUCCAGGCUCCUGCAAAAGAAAAGAAGACAAGUCAGAAUGUUUUACUGAGACCCAGUGAUGCAUGCUUUUCGGGGAAACCUUCAUUUACAAGUAUACCAGACCACCAGGCUUCAGGCAUGGCCAUGAGCAAGACCAGCAAAUAACAGCUUUUUGCCUUGCAGCCCUGACCCCGAUGUCUGCUGUUUCCAACACUGGCAAUUUCUGAUACUGGCCCACAGCAGAUGCUGUUGAAUAACACCCUGGCUUCAUCAGAGGAUAUGGGGUUGUAGCACCUCCGGGUGAUAAAGUUGUUUUAGUAAAUCCAUUUUUAAAAAAAGAAAAAAGGACUUGUUUUUACUUUUUUCUAAAUGUCUCUGACUACUGACUGUUCUAUAAAUAGAUUAUUUUUCCUUUUUUAAUAUACAUAUAUGGAUAUAUAAAUAUAUAUAUUUACUGUUACCAGCAGCAUAUGACAGAGUUUUCAGCAUCAAAAAUCCAUUUGGGGGCUUGCUUUCUCUUUUUGCUUUUUAAUAAAGAAACCCCAUUCCUUCCUUGUAGUACAAGGAGUUAGCACUUCCUUCUCCAUCCUAGCCUGACCACAUCUUCCAUCUUGUUUUUGUUCAUAGAUCAUUGUAUUUCCUUUGUGUUGUUGGAACUUGUCCCUGUCUAUUGGGAAACUUGGUCUUACUAUUUCUGUGAUGGCUGAUUUGUUUUGUUUUUGUAUGUGAAUGUUUGAAACUAUGGUGCUGUGCCCUCUUCCCUCCUGUUGUGUUCUCUAUUGUUAAGGUGUUAGGUAAGCUGUAUGGAAACUUUUAUUAGAAGGGGACUAAUUUUUUUUAAAGGACAAAGAACCCCAAAAAACUAAAAAUAGUGUUUUGUCUUCACUAUGCUGUGUCCCUUUAUUUUGUUUAAAAAUCUGUGGUUUGGCUUAAUUUAUCAGUUUUCUUUUUAAAAGGGGGGAGCAGGGUGGGCCUAGAGAACAGCUUAUAAUCUCCUUUUCCCUUUUUGCCCCAGUCUCUUUUAAAGAAAUGUCUUCUAGUAACUAGAAGUGAAAUGUACUGUCCAGUUACAGUUUGAGUGGGUAUGAGAUUUAACUCAAAAGGCAUCUUGCUAAAAAAAAAAAACAAAACAAAACAAAAAAAAAUUUUUUUCCUGUAAAACCCAGUUUCUGUAAAUGCUUUCUCUGUGGUUCAAACUACCUAAUUUUUAGUCUUCCCUUAAUAUUGCAUAACAUUUUUAGUGUUUUGACCUGUUACAAGGGUCAUAAGCGUCACUCUGCAUGAUCUCAAGUGUGUAUAUGAUUUAAGAUUUCAAGGGAUAUUACAAGGUAACUUUUAACCAAUUUCAUAAAUUUUAAUUUUGCCAGUCUAUAAAGAUAUUAUUACCUAAGAAUUUUAUCUGGUUGAUGUUAUAAAAGAAAGCACAAUAUUUUUUGCCUUUCGUCUUCUCUGCAAAGAUCUUCAAAUACUUUUGGGUUAAAAAUUGAAUGCAGUUUUAAGUGAUGGCUGCCUUGGUGGAAAACAUUUAAAAAUAGUUUAUCUUUUCUUCCUAGUCACCCAUUAACUUUACUCAGCCAUCAGUGGAAGGGCAUGAGGAUGCUGAGAAAGAUAGUUAAGUUGGUGCUCUGCUUCUUGGAGUAUGGUGGGUGGAUGCAGGUGGCUGUUGAGGAAAUAAUUUAUGUCCUUAAUAGAGUAUUUACCAGCUGGAGAUCUGAGAGAAAAAUGCAAGACAGUCUUCAACUAUGAGUAGCCCCCUGUUUAUCUUCUGUUUUGAAACUUUAAUAUAUCAUUCAGUUGAUUUGGUGGGAUUUUCUGUAUUUAUUUGAAAGUCACAGAGGAUUUGGUCUGACUCUUGACCAAAGGCUGAGAAGAACAGAUGAGAGACAUUAGUUUAAAAAAGAGAGAGAGAAAAACGAACAUAUACAAGUCUAUAAUUUUGGAAUUAAUGAGCUAAGAUUCAUCUAUUUAAAGACAUGCUGGUGUUCUAAUAUAAAAUAUUGUUUUCAGUUAGAGGAAAUUACCUAUUUACAACUUACUCCAUUCUUCAUUGUUGUAACAUUUUAUAUUAAAAUUUGAUUUAAAAUGUUCCUUUACUUUUCAGAGUUGCAAAUUUUCACCAUUGGUGUUUUAACUAAUUCUGUGAUAGUUCUUUCAAAGAUAUUUCUUACUAUCUUCAUUGUAACUAUGUUGGGGAAGGUUAUAGAAAGAAAAAUUAAAAAAAUGCUACAUAAGUCUUUAAUAUUCUCAAAGGGGUAGGUCAGUGGAACUAUGCAAAUUCCCAAGUUUACAAAUGCAACUAUAGCAUUAGUAGUAGUUAGCUUUCUUAUUGGCAGAAGAGGGGACAUUUUUUUCCCACAAAUGUCUAUUUUAGUUCCUGAUAGUUAUUGCAACAAAGCCAUGUUGAGAGUUAGAUGUUACACUCCCUUCCUAAGUUGCUGCAGACCACCUUUGCACUGCAUGAUUCAAAUUUGUGCCUCAAUAAAAUUACAAAUUACUGUAUGUCAUACUUUGAAUAAUUGAAAAGAUAAGCAUUAAAUCUGUGAUUGUCUACUAUGUACUUUAAUAAUCAAAAUCCUAGCAAAGCUAGCAGACCUGUAAGAUUAGAACAGUUUUUACCUGUGCUUCACUUCUGUUCUUCUCUGCUUUUGUCUUUGGUGUCCAAGAAAUGUGUGUUUAUUUGUUUUUCUUAAUUUUAACAUUCUGGAUGCAGUUGAGUGCACGUAAAAGAAACUCCCUGCUUGUCAGUAUUUUAAUUCUGUAGUACAUUUGUAUGAAUAUGAGCCAGAACUUAAAGUAGGAUGAAAGGAAAAACUGAGAAAGCCUUUCUUUCAAAGGAUGAGACUAUAUCCUUUUUAAAGGAGAAAGUGACAAUUUGGAGUGGGAUUUAAAAAUUGUAAAUUGUGGAAAAUUAAGCUGUUAAAGUCCCACAUAUAACCAGGUUCAAUAAAGGUUUACAUACGGAACUAGCUUCAUAUGUGUGUAGAAAGUUGCUUUUGCAGUAGGUCUGUUAAGUAUAAAUUUUAAAAAGCAGGCAGUUGAUUUGUCUUUCACCUUUUGAAACUCCUGCCCCCCCCCCUUUUUAAAUUAAAGCAUAUCAUUACUUCUUUGGAUAUGGAUGUGCCGAAUGAUAUUUACAGCAUGAGAAGGAAACAAUUGGAUGUAAAUCUGUUUUGGAAUUGCAGUCUUCUCUUGGCCUGGAUCAUAAUCCACUCACCACUAUGCAAUGGCUGAUGUGCACUGGGAAAGGAUGUGACGGGUGUAGAUGUAUCCAGCUUAUUCUUACUUUUGCAAUACUCCAAGAUGUCUAAACAGGAAUGUCUUUUGUAAACCUCAAGACCCUCUAUUGAUUAUUCUCUUACAUAUUUAUUUACUUGUUAGUGAGACACUUAAAUAUAAUAUGGACUCUGAUUUACCAAGGUUUUUGGUGGUGCCUUAUGAAAAGUAUAACUUGUUUUCUUGUUUUUUGAGCAUGUUUUCCAUUUCUUUUGUUUUCUAAAAGAAUAUUAGAUAUGGUUAUUUGCAUUACAUCUAAAAAAUAAAAAAAAAAUUUUGUGUGUGUGUG